CCAAACACACUGCAGUGGUUAAAAGGAAAAUACCAAAAAAAGAAUAAAACAAAGAGAGAAAGAGAAUCAGAUGGAAACUGAAGGUGGGAAGGGUUAAAUUAUAAGUAUUUUACAUUCCAGAAAAAACAUUUUGCUUCUCUUUCUCUGUGAGAAGAUGGACCCGAAUGGUGGAUCGAGCUCCGCAGGGGCCGCAGAUGGAGCAUCUGAUCCCGCAGCUGCACGUAGGAGGCAUUCCAAGAAACCUAAAUGUGUAUUUCUUUUCUCUCUCUCCUUCAUUAUAGCUAUUUAUAUUUGUAAUUUCUUCUUUCUUUUCGUGUAUUGGAUUAUUAUUACUGCCAUUUACGUUUUUUUUUUUGGUCGGUGGGGUUGGGGCGGAGGAAUUUGAAGGGCAAAUCUGCAAUGUUGUGGAUCAGUUAUACAUUGUGUUAUAAUUCAAAUUUUCAAUAUUCUUGAGUGGCAUUACCUUUGGUCAUAUUUUGGAUCAAUUCUUGGAAUUUCUGGGUGGUGGCAUUAGCAUGAGUGAAUCGAAUCUGGGUUUCAUUCUCUUCAAGAAUUGGUAUCUGGAUUCUAGGUUUACACAGCAAGAGCUUCCUGCCUGCAAACCAAUUUUAACACCUGGAUGGGUCAUUUCAUCAUUCAUCUUUGUUGGCAUUAUCUUCAUCCCUAUUGGUCUUGCUUCCUUGUUUGCAUCAGAACGUGUGGUAGAAAUUGUACACGCUAUGACACGGACUGUGUUCCUGCAAGUUACCGCAAUGACAUGCUUGCAUAUAUUCAAAGCAAUGAAACUAAUAAGACCUGUACCAGGACAUUUCUUGUUCCAAAGCAAAUGAAAAGUCCUGUUUAUAUAUAUUAUCAGCUUGAUAACUUCUACCAGAACCAUCGCCGAUAUGUGAAGGGUAGAAGUGACAAGCAAUUGCGGAGCAGGGCAAGUGAGAAUGACACAAGUUCCUGUGAUCCUGAAGACGUCACAUCCAAUAAAUCUGCAAUUGUCCCUUGUGGUCUCAUUGCAUGGAGUCUUUUCAAUGACACAUAUGGGUUUUCUGUAAAUAACACGUUGCUAGGGGUCAGCAAAAAGAAUAUAGCAUGGAAAAGUGAUCAGCAGCAUAAAUUUGGGUCUGAUGUCUAUCCUAAAAAUUUUCAGAGUGGAGGCUUGAUCGGGGGUGCAAAACUCAAUUCAAGCAUACCUUUGAGUCAACAAGUGGAUCUUAUUGUUUGGAUGCGAACUGCAGCACUGCCAACUUUCAGAAAACUAUAUGGGAAGAUAGAGGUGGACCUUGAAGCUAAUACAGAGCUUACAGUUGUAAUAGAGAACAAUUAUAACACCUAUAGUUUUGGGGGUAAAAAGAAGCUGGUUCUUUCAACCACAAGUUGGAUCGGUGGAAAAAAUGAUUUCCUAGGCAUAGCAUAUAUCACCCUUGGUGGACUGAGCUUAUUCUUAGCAAUAAGCUUUUUACUUAUUUACAUCAUUAAACCAAGGCCGCUUGGGGAUCCGACUUUCUUGUCAUGGAACAGAAACCCAGCAGGACAUUUCAAUUUCAACUAGGCAUUUUCAAAAUGGUUCCAUCUAUUGAGGGGUUUUUGAUGCAACAUGGUUCCAUUCUCAGUUUGUCUUAGAAAAUUGUACUUACUAUUUAUGUUUGAAGACUUCCAACUAGAGUAUAUAUAUAUAUAGCUCUGCAGUUAUUGAA